AUGGAUCCGCGGCUGCCGGCUGAAGACCGAGCUACAGCUGCUGCCCUGUUGUACGGCGCCGGCGGAGGGGGGGGUCUGGACAGAGAAGGGGGGGGGGGUACAGCAGGGGGGAACCGGAUCUCGGCGACGGCGGUCGGUGACCGGCGGUCAGGUCCGGCGGUCAGCGUCGGUGACCGGCGGUCGGGUCGGCGCCGUAGGUCGGCGACGGCGACGGGGCCGGAGGGCCGAGGCGCGGGAGAGAGAGGGUACGGCGGUAGGGUCGGCGCCGUAGGUCGACGACGGCGACGGAGCCAGAGACCGGCGAUGGCGACGGAGACCGGCGACGGCGACGGAGACCGGCGACGAAGCCGGAGACCGGCGACGGAGGUCGACGCCGGGGACCGGUGGUCGGUUCGGGUCGGCGACGGCGCUGAAGGCCGUGGACCGAGAUAG